AUGAAGGAAACGACCGCUGCAGUCAUCUUCCUGGCUGUGCUCCUUGGCGACCUAGAAUGCGCUCUUGGAGAAAGAGAGCACCUCCAUAGCUCACUUCGACGGAAUCGUAGGCGGCUCGGUAUGGGUAAGCGCAAUGCAAGGAAAUCGCAACCGGUCAUCCAAUCCGUUCUGGUGGCGAAGGCCGUUGCCUCGGAACUAGAUCAGGAGCUCAAUGAUUGGUUCGAAAAGUUCCCGCUGGUAGACAUGAGUAUGGAGAGUUUGGCCCCAGCAGGGACUCCGUCAAAUGACACGACAGUACCAACGGCUAGUCCAACGAAGGAUGAAGCAGUCACAAAGCCAUUGCCAACUAAAGCCCCAGUAGCCCCGCCCACAAAAACUCCAACAAAGGCUCCUACCACUGGGACACCGACAUUUGCCCCAGUUGCACCCACAAAAUCACCAACUAUUAGCCCAACAAAGAGUCCCACUGUCGAACCCACUCAGCCACCAACAGGGACACCAACCGCAAGCCCUACGUUCUUGCCAACAAAGAGACCAUCAACUGCACCAACAACAAUGCCAACAGAUUCCCCCACCCUGUCACCAACCAAACUGCCUACAAGUAAACCAACACCAAAGCCCACUGUUGCUCCCACAGGUGCACCCACCAAAGAUCCCACAGCAACUCCAACCAAAGUACCCACUGCUUCACCCACAGCUUCUCCUACUGCUGAACCAACAAAAAAGCCCACAGGUUCUCCUACUGCUAAGCCAACAAAGCUUCCCACAGGUUCUCCCACUGUUGAACCAACCAAAUCACCAACCAUUACACCCACACUGUCACCAACCCAAGCUCCAACCAUUUCGCCAACAGAGUCUCCCACUGAGAACCCAACUGCAUCACCAACUUUACUCCCAAGUUCUACACCAUCAGUAGGCUUCUCUGAAGAACCAACUUUUUCACCUACAGAAUCUCCAACGGGGGCCCCCACAGAAUCUCCUACAGCGGCGCCCACAGAGGCCCCCACCACAAAGGCCCCCACAGGAUCUCCUACGGGAUCACCCACAGUGUCUCCCACAGUGUCUCCCACAGGAUCUCCAACAGUGUCUCCCACUGGAUCUCCUACAGGAUCUCCCACAGGGUCUCCAACAGGGUCUCCUACUGCUGGACCAACAAACUCACCAACUGCUGAACCCAGCCAGAACCCCACAAUUACAGAUGUCCCAGUGCUACCUGUUUUUCCAACAGAAGCUCCUGUGCUACCCACGUCGUCGCCUACUCUAACACCAACCAUUGCAACCCCAGCUCCAACUGCAGAGCCUACUGGGGUACCAACUGGAGCUCCUACUGGUUCACCAACAGUUGCUCCUACCACUGGUGCACCAAGUAAAGCUCCCACGCUGCCGCCAGUUGCCGCUCCAACUGAUCCCCAGACAGAGUCACCCACAGAAGCACCAGUUGCUCCUCCGACAGACCCGCCUACGCCGGCCCCAGUAGAUGCGCCAGUGACCACAGCACCCACGAUAGAGCCUACCACAGGUCCAACUGUAUCUCCAACGAUUGCACCGACUGUACUCCCAACGAACUCUCCAACAAUUCCGCCUUCAAAGGCACCUUCGGUAUUUCCAUCGAGCUUGCCAAGCAUUGCCUGCAACUUGAAUCAAGAAACUCGAGAACUGCUCAUCCAGAUUUUCCUGAAUCGAGUUUCAGAUUCGGAUGCCCUCGAUGCUCUUGGGACGCCACAGAACUCGGCGUACAACUGGCUGCUUAAUGAAGACCCGGCCUUUCUUUGUCCUCAGGCUCCCAACCUGAUCCAGCGAUAUGUUCUCGCCGUUCACUACUACUCCACCAGAGGGAAUCGGUGGUUCCAAUGCAGCGCCCCCAUGGAUUUCGACGACCCGGAAUCUGUGGCUCAAGCCAACGAUGCUUGCACUAUAGUGGCAGCGCCUGGAACCAGGGAGGACAACUCCUAUGCCUGGUUGUCGGGAGCUUCAGAAUGCAACUGGGGUGGUAUUGCUUGCGACGAGGAAGGCAAUGUUGUACGAAUUGACAUGGAAAACAAUGGUGUUGGUGGAAGACUGCCGUACGAGCUCGAGCAGCUGUCAUCACUGAGGUUCCUGUUGCUGGAGAUCGGGGCCAUUGCAGGAACCAUCCCUACACAACUAGGAAAUCUGAUGAACCUGGAACUACUUGAUUUGGACUUCAACCUGCUGCAGGGGCCAAUACCAGACGAGCUAUUCGACUUGACAAAUCUGAAACAGUUUGACAUCAACAACAACGAACUGAGCGGUACGAUUAGUACAAGAAUCGGCCAACUGGUGAACUUGAACCUGAUACAAGUAGAAAGCAACUUCCUAACGGGACAAAUUCCUGACGAAUUGUCAAACCUGUUGCUGCUCGAGGUGGCAACCAUGCAAUUCAAUCAGUUAUCGGGGGCCGUGCCUGAUGGCAUAUGCAACAUCGAGUCUUUGGAAGUGUUUACUGUAGACUGUCUUGGGGCUCCAGGUCGCCCGUCCCCUCCGUAUGUUGCCUGUCCAUGUUGCUCAUUCUGCUACUAG